GUCAAAAUUCGACUAAAAUAAAAUUUCGUUACCUAUUUUAGCAGUGAUAUGUAAUAACGAAAACAGAUUUUGUUAAUACAGAAAUCAGCUUUAUUGCACACGAUGGCUACCAAAACAAUUGCUAGUGCAACAGUAAGGGCUGUUAAGAAAAGGGUGCUCCCUUCGCGAGCCGCUUUGGUUUUGACUCCAACAGCCGUUCAAAAAGUGAAAGAGAUCAUGUCUAAGGAAGAAGCUAAAGGUUUUAUAGGAUUGAAAGUUGGGGUCAGACAAAGAGGUUGUAACGGAUUGUCCUACACAUUAGAUUAUGCAACAACUAAAGACAAAUUGGAUGAAGAAGUAAAACAGGAUGGUGUGACAAUUAUAAUAGACAAAAAAGCACAGUUAACCUUAUUAGGUACUGAAAUGGAUUUUGUAGAAGAUAAGCUCUCAGCUGAAUUUGUUUUUAACAAUCCAAACAUAAAAGGCACAUGUGGCUGUGGGGAAUCAUUUAGUAUAUAGAAUGAACUAUAAAUUGUUUUGCCUAGUCUCUCAUUAUCACCAAGCUUAGAUCUUUUGAUUGUAGAAUGAAAAAAAAAUUAAUAAACUAUGAAUGUGAAGGCACUCUUUAUUUUCUAAAAGUUUAAACAAGUUAGGCAAAGAUAGUAUUAAGUUUUUCUUGUGAUGAAUAGAUUGUAUUUUAUUGUACAGUAG